AUGAUUAUUUCAAAGAAAGCAGCUGCAAAGAAAGCACCUGCAAAAAAAGCAGCAGCAACUGUAGUUACAACAAUACAGUCAUCAGAGACAAAAUUAGUACAAGAAAUAUUUAAACAAAAUGUUGAAGAGUUGACAAGCGACUUUUUUUAUGAAAGUGAUGUACACCAAGAAGAAACGUAUCAGAUACUACACACAGAUGUUAGCUACUAUCAAAAUGCGGCCACAGUGAUCAACAUGAUCGAAAAGAAUAACCUUGGUUUGGAAUUUCUCAAAAACACUCUACCAUCCUACAACAAGAAGAAUGAAUACUAUACCCAUCCAAUUCUACUCAAAUUUAUACCGUACAACGAAGCAAUCAAUCUAUUUGAUCGAUUCGACCGAACAUCAAAUCAAGUGGCACGUGUCUUUAUCGCUCUACAAUUCUUUAUCUACUUUUACUACAAAAAGGAUAAGAAUGUAAGACAGGUCAAUGCAUUUAGAGAUAAAUUACUCAAUGAUCAGUCUCAAAUGGUCAAAGCAUGUGGACUGUUGAUGGAAAAGUAUUAUAUCUGUGUCAAAGAUAAACAUGAAAAACAGUUGAUCAAGGCUUUGGACAUGCUAAUACAAAUGGGACAUGUACCACUGUCAGAAAGAGAAGGCUUUAUACAAAAUUUCAAAAACGAUGAUGACUACUAUUCGAUGGAUUACAUUAACUUUUACGAUGAAGAGGAAUGUGAAGGUGACCCAGAAAAGUUAAAGUAUAUUAAACCCAAAACAAGUAAAUCCAUAAAGAGACAAAAGAAACUACCCGAUAUGAUCAACCCGUACACAAUGAACUUUCAACGAUUGAAUGGUGAUACAUUCAACAAGAUUGUUCAAAAGAUCAUUGGAUAUACAAUCAAGACCGAUACAUUCCUCAAACAAGAUUUAAUGCCAGAAACCAAAUCACAGACGUGGAUGGAUUUGUUGGAUGAACUGACAACCGUACUCUUUAGAUUGGCUACGGUAUCAAAGCAAUUCCAUUAUAAUGUUGGUCAGGUACUUGAUAGAAUCGAUUGGACUAGACGAUUCCCAAAUAAAUGUCUCAAAGGACAAAUCAACUAUGGUAGACCACUCUGUCUGUUUAAAUCGGUCCCUACCACCAUGCGUUAUGAUGCACUCGUCAGAACAACACCAUUCCAUCUAUUCGACGCUGCACUUGCCAAAGCACAGUCACUCACCAUCGUUGGUGAUGUUGUCGAAUGUAGUUUAUACGGAGGAGAUGAUGACGAAGAAACCCAAACAAACAAAGAGGUCACUAGACGAUUGUUUAGUACGUAUCCAGCAUAUGGGUCAAUGCCAAACCUCAAGAAACUAAAGGUGGUUGGUAGAGCAUUCAAAACACACAAACAACAGGCACAGACUGGUGGUCAAUACCUCAUGUGGUACAUCAUCUCCAACGUUGGUUGUAAAUUGGAAGAGUUUGAUAUCGAUAGUAGAAUCUCGCUCGAACAAAUGGGUAAUGAUGUCCAGCUCGUAAAAUACUUGUUCAAGCAUCACAAGUCAUCACUCAAGGUUGUUAGAUUGAAAUAUGCAGUCAUCAAAAAGAUUAAUGAAGCACGACCCAUUCGAGAAAUGAUUGAAUUCAUCAACAAAACCAAAUUACCAUCAACCCGAUUAGAGUUGUACUAUGGUGAUGGUUCCUAUGAUGAAGAAGAUGGUUUUAAACUAGUUAAAAGUUUUGAUGACAAGAUAGAUAAAUUAUUAAAUGAUGAAGAUGCGAUAGAUUCAGAUUCAGAUAGUGAUUAUUAA